UCUGUGCGGGGAGAGCCCUUCCCUAUCGCCCCUCUGUGCCCAGCCGGGGGGACUUUCUGCGGUGGCUGGAAGCAGCCCCUGGGGCAGCCCCGGGCUCUAUCGACACCAGCUCCUGAGCCGCAGACUCCAGCAGGUGAGAGGAUGGUGAGUGAGAACAAGGAGGGGAAUCCUCAACAGGAAGGUCCUGAGCAUGUGGAACCAGGUGAGAUGAUAUCGGGAAGAUCUGAAGAGGAUGUUUCUCAGUGUGCUGAGCAGGGAGAAGCCCGUGAAAGUCAGUGCAAGCCAGAGAGGCAGCAGAGAAACCAUGCAAGGGAGAACCAGUGUAAAUCUACUCACAGGAGCCGAGUGGUCAAGAAAAUCAAAGAAACUGUUCAACAGAGAAUCCCCAGUGGAGAUAGACCCCAUACAUGCAGUUUCUGUGGGAAAAGCUUCUGCUGGAGAUCAGCCUUUAUUAGUCACCAGAGAACCCACACAGGAAACAGACCCUACAAAUGCAACGAGUGUGGGAGAAGCUUUAGUCAGAGCUCAACUCUCACUAUUCACCAGAGAAUCCACACUGGGGAGAGACCCUAUAGAUGCAACGAGUGUGGGAAAAGCUUUAGUCGGCGUGGAAACCUUUUAGCACAUCAGAGAAUCCACACAGGGGAGAGACUCUACAGCUGCAAUGAGUGUGGGAAAAGCUUUAGUCAGAAUGCAUACCUUCUAUCACAUCAGAGAACCCACAUGAAGGAGAAACCCUACAUAUGCAAUGAAUGUGGGAAAAGCUUUAGUCAUAGCUCACAGCUUCUAUUGCACCAGAGAAUCCACACGGGGGAGAGACCCUACAUAUGCAAUGAAUGUGGGAAAAGCUUUAGUCUGAGCUCACACCUUCUAUCACACCAGAGAAUCCACACGGGGGAGAGACCCAACAGAUGCAACGAGUGUGGGAAAAGCUUUAGUCGGCAUGGAAACCUUCUCUUACAUCAGAGAACUCACACGGGGGAGAGACCUUUCAAAUGCCCAACAUGUGGGGAAAGCUUUGUUCAGCUUUUGAAACUUGUUAGACACCAGAGAAUCCACACUGGAGAGAAACCCUAUAAGUGUAAUGAGUGCGGGAAAAACUUCGGUGACAGAUCACACUUUAAUAAACAUCAGAGAGUCCACACAGGAGAAAAACCCUUUAAGUGCUCUGAGUGUGGGAAAAGCUUUGGUUCAAGCUCAGAUCUUAUUAUACACCAGAGAAUUCACACAGGGGAGAAACCCUAUAAAUGCAUUGAGUGUGGGAGAAGCUUUGGUCGAAGCUCAGACCUCACUAGACAUCAGAGAAAACACACAGGAGAGAAGCCCUACAAAUGCCCCAACUGUGGGAAAAGCUUCAGUGACAGCUCUGCCCUCACUAAACACCGGAGAAUCCACAGAGGGGAGAGACCCUACAGAUGCAAGGAGUGUGGGAAAAGCUUUCGUCACAUCUCAAACCUUCUAUUACAUCACAGAACCCACACAGGAGAAAGACCCUAUAAUUGUCCUGACUGUGGGAAAGGCUUCAGUCGAAGCUCAAAUGUUAUUACUCACCAGAGAAUACACACAGGGGAGAAACCCUUUAAAUGCCCCGAAUGUGGGAAAAACUUCAGUACACGUUCAGCCCUUACUGCACAUCAGAGAAUCCAUAGCAGAGUGAGACCCUUAUCAAUGUCUUGACUGUGGGAAAAGUUUCUGUAACAGCUUAGUUCCUAUAAUCUCCAGGGAACCCACACAGGGAGAAACACUACAAAUACAAUAAGUACAGGAAAAGUUUUAGUUGAGCCUCACACAUUCUAUUACAUCAGAGAACCUACAUUGGGGAAAAAACCCUAUAACUGCCCUGACUGUGGGCUAAGCUUCAAUUGGAGAUAAACCAGUAUUACGCAUCACAGAAUCCACACUGGAGACAGCCUGUAAAUGCUUUGAAUAUUAGGAUCAGGCAAGGCUGGAGUGGCCAUGCAAUAAGGAUGCACAAUAGUUGUUAAAACAGAGACUGAAAUCACUGUUCUAGGACGAGAGGCUGAGAUAAGAUUCCCAUGCUGUGAUGGGAUUUGAUUAUUACUUCUCAAGAAGCUCUGAACACCCACUGUUCAGCUCCUAAAUUUGUUUGGUGCUAGAAAGCUCUCUUAUAUUCUGUGACUUCUCAUUUAUUCUUCAUAGUUUUUUAGACCUGGAUCCACCAAGGGACUUAAGCGUUACGAUGCUGAGUGUUGUGAUACCACACUUCUACACAAUCACAGAAACAACACUGGGAUCCACAAAGCCUGAGUUAGGCACCCGGGCUGUCUAUAAAAUGAAUGGGGAGAGAGAGACAUCUCAGAAUGUGACUCACAAAACCAAGCAUGCUAGCUGGGGAGCCACCUAAGCUAGCCAAUGGGAGAUGCUAAGGAGACAGAGGUGUCCUGAGUCCUGCCCUUUUCAUGUACAUAGGUACCUAAGUCUGGGCUCCAGGGAAGCACCUGUCUCUGCUUGUGAUUCAUAAAUUAGGAAUGAUAAGUGCUCCUCUGCCGAUGGGGCCCCAUCCAGUUGGAGUGUUUCAAAGUCACUUAACGCUACACAAAAUACCUAGGGCAUAGGAAAAGAGGACAAGGACCUCUCUUAUACCCUUUAGCCCAAUGGUUGAGGUACUCACCCAGGAGGUUCAAGUUUCUAUGCUGUUCAAAUCCCUUCACCUCACCAAGCAAUCUGCCACCUCCCAAGUGAGUGCCCUAGCCAUAGGAUAUUCAGAGGUGGAGGUAUUCCUCAAUCUCCUUUGUUGAACCUGGUCCACUGUAUAAAAGUAUUCAGCUAAGAGAUGGCAGAUUCUAUGCUAUUGAAUCUCCAAGAAAAGGAUGGAAAGGAAUUUCUUGUGAUGCCUGAAUGCCCCUGCUGGAUGGACAAGAAACUUGCUAUGACAGUUUGACCUGUCCAGUUAAUGAAUGACCACCUGCAAUAAAAGGAAAUGCCUCUCCAAAAGAAAAAGGACAAUGGAAAUUUGCCUAAUAUGUCCUUUGGGGUAGACUGAGUCCCCCAUUACAACCACAUGGAGUGAUUAUGCAUAAAAAAAGGUUUUGGGCUAGACAAUCCAAGUUCCCUGUAAGCUGCAUGUCGGCAUGGCUGUGUAGCAACCUAUUUAGCGCUGUGCAAGUGCUUAGGGAACCCGCCUGGGGACCUGCCACAGAUGGCGGAAGGGUGCCCCUCCCCCGGCCCCAACUCACCCUGUGGCCUGGACCUGCCGUGGCCUGGACCCAGGCAUGGCUAGAAUGGGCCCAGGCACAGCCGGAGCGCCCUGGACCUGGCUGGGGUGGUGUGGAGUGGCCCAGACCCUGGUGCAGUCUGGGUGGCCCUCCCCGGCUUGGACUUGCUGGGGCCAGGUGAGGAGCAGCUAUCCUGCAGCCCCAGCCUCAGAGCUCCUGCGGCAAGGACAGGCACCUCUUCCCCCCCCCAGCCCAGGUGCUGCUGUGGGGAGAGAACGCUGGGGGAAUCCUCUUUCCCCACCGUAGCCCUGGAGCACCCUCUUACACCCCAAACGCCUCAUCCCUGGCCCCACCCCAGAGCCUGCACCCCCAGCUGGAGCCCUCACAGCCCUGCACCCCAACCCUGAGCCCCCUCCCACAAGAAUUCCUCGGCCUCACCCCAUCACAUGAAUUUUGUUAUGUGCACCAAUAUGAAGGUGAUGUGUCACACAUCACCUCCAUAUUGGUGCACAUAACAAAAUUCAUUCCACACAUGGGUGGAAAAAUUAGAGGGAAAACUGCAAAAAGCUCUGUCCGGCAAAACCUACCUCCAGCAGAUUGUGAUCAGCAUAUCAACCCCUGAUUCAGAGAAAGCUGGGUCAUUCUACAUGAGAAGUAUUUGUUUAACUCUCCCUAAGAGAGCAAUUUUCUUUGACUGAGAGUCCUUGGGAUGCUAAACUCCAGAAUCCCAAUAAUAAGUAGCUUGGAGGGAAAGAUGUUUCCCAGAAGAAAGAAUCCUAAACCAAGCUACAAGGAAGAAGACUUCACCCACAAAAAUAGAAGGGACUGGGAGGAUGAGCAGAGCCACUUCAUUAAAGUUCAGAAAAAAUUAGGAAAUCAGUGCUCAUUGCUAAAAUGCACAGGUACUUUCUGUGCUUGCAAGGAAGAUAGACAUUAGUCUUGGACAUGUUUUCCUAGAAUACCUAAUCCACUGGAGUUCAGAUCUAUUCCAUAAAACCAGACUUUUGGACUGGUAGAAACUCUUCAUUGGAAAAUACCAAAGUCAUAUAAACCCGUGGCAGCGCUUUGAAGUGCGAGUGUGGUCGCGCGCGAGUGCUGGGAGAGAGCUCUCCCAGUGCUCCUGGUAAUCCACCUCCAUGAGGGGAAUAGCUCUGAGCGCUGGGAGCACGGCUCAGAGCCUGUCUAUACUAGCGCUUUAAAGCGCUCAGACUUGCUGCGCUCAGGGGGGUGAUUUUUCACCCCCCUGAGCCAGGAAGUUAGAGUGCUAUAAAAUGUAAGUGUAGACAAGCCCUUAAAGUAGACUAAGGCGAUGUCUACACUGUGCAGCUUACAGUGGCACAGCUGUGCUGCUAACGCCUUGCCACUGUAAGGAACCCAGUGUAGCUGCUGUUUGUCGGCAGGAGAGAGCUAAGAACACUCCCUCAACCUUCUUGAUUAACUUUAAUUUGAAUAUGUAGUGUUGUCAUAGCCAUGUGGGUCCCUGGAUCUCUGGCCUGGUCUACACUAUGACUUUAAUUCGGAUUUAGCAGCGUUAAAUCGAAUUAACCCUGCACCCGUCCACACAACGGAGCCAUUUAUUUCGAAAUAAAGGGCUCUUAAAAUCGAUUUCUG